AUGGAUCGGAGAACGUUAACGAUGAACUGGGAUGGUCUCGGAGAAGAUGAUGAUGAUGACAAUUUCUUUGAGUCCCGUGAUCGUCUUUCCACAGCCAUUUCCCUUGACUUAGGAUCAUCGGGAUCAGACGAUGAUGAUGAAUACGAUGACAGUCGUCUCUCUUUUGUCUCGACCCUUUCCUCAGCCUCCAUCAAGAAAUUCCAAGGAAUUGAAAUUGAAACAAUUUCUGAUUCCUUUAGCAGUGCGGAUUAUGGUGUGUGGAUGGCUGAACCAGGGGAUAUCAAGGAACGUCGUAAACGUCUCUUGCAAGGGAUGGGAUUGUCAAGUAAUAAAGACCUCCUCAAGCUGAAAAGUGCCAAGAUUGUACGAGCCAUUUCAAGAAAAGUCGAGAAAAUCAAGGACACCAAACCACCUAAGACGACUGAUUCUUCACGUGCAAAAGUAUUAAAUCAACAACGACAGUCUUUAUCUAUACAACCAAUUAAGUUGGUCAGGUCGAGAUCAGAUGGAGAUAUACAAUCCUUUUCUGUAAAUACAAAGAAAAGGAAAAAAGAGUUAAUUGGUGACAUUUCUAAACAACGUCUCACCAGGACAUUUUCGGGUGUUUUAGCACCGAGUAUAGGAACAUGCCAAUUAGCAGGUUCUGUUCGAAUGUCACCCAAAAAAAACAUAAAUGGGAGUGAUAUGUUGUCAUCCACAUUGUCGAAUGGGAGUCCUGAUGUGGGAUUUGCUUCAUUUUUCUUGAUAAAGAAUUUGGACACUGGAAAGGAAUUCAUCGUCAAAGAGUCUAAUGAACAAGGAAUGUGGAAUAAGCUAAGUGAUAUUCAGACAGGGAAGCAACUUACUAUGGAUGAAUUUGAAAAAUAUGUGGGAUAUUCUCCUGUUGUCAAGGAACUGAUGAGACGAGUAAAUGGAUCAAGAAAUCAUGACGAUGAGAGGAAGCUAAACACGAAUUCAUAUCUUAGUAAGAGUUUCAGAAAUAGCAAGAGAAGGGGAGUUGCUCUUUUGAAGAACAUAAAAGGAGUAGCACAUAGUAUGAGUGGAAAAAUUAUUGAUAAAGAACGCGAGCAGCCUGUACCUGAGGAACAGCAGAAACCGAAUAAGAAUUCCUCCAAAUGGAGUAAAGUCCGUCAGCAUGGGAAGUCCUGCAAAGAAUUCACAGCUUUACACUUAAGCCAAGAAAUCCAUGCUCACGAGGGUUCAAUAUGGACGAUAAGAUUCAGCUCGGAUGCACAUUAUCUAGCAACAGCAGGAGAAGAUACAAUGAUUCAUAUAUGGGAAGUGCAAGAAUGUGAAGUUAUGAAUGAUCUAAACUCCGUUGGUGGUACAAUGUCAGGUGUUGCGAGUGCCUUACCUAUUCAUCCAACGGCUGGCUCUCUCAACGCCUCCCCUGUUCAUAUAAUCGCCAGGUCCAAUUCAGACCGGCCUCCACUUCCGGAGACUGCACAUAUUACAUCAGAAAGAAGGAAGAAGGGGAAGGUCUCCCAUAAGAAAAAGGGAAACUCAGUUCCGGAGUAUGUCAAUGUACCAGAAACUGUUUUUGCUCUUUCAGAGAAACCAAUAUGCACUCUUAAAGGUCAUCAAGAUGAUGUCUUGGACUUGUCUUGGUCAAGAUCUCAGCUACUUCUUUCAUCGUCGAUAGACAAGACUGUCAGGCUAUGGGAUGUUGAAACUCAGACUUGUUUAAAAAUGUUCGCGCACAAUGACUAUGUAACUUGCAUACAGAUCAAUCCAAUGGAUGAUGACUACUUCAUCAGUGGUUCUCUGGAUGCAAAGGUUCGGAUUUGGAAUAUACCUGAACGGAGAGUUGUAGAUUGGACUGAUCUUCAUGAAAUGGUCACUGCUACUUGCUUCACCCCUGAUGGCCAGGGUGCUUUAAUAGGCUCACAUAAAGGAAGUUGUCGUAUGUACACUACCUCUGACUGCAAACUGGAACAAAAAGACAAUAUUGAAAUUCAACCUAAGAAGAAUUCUCAACUCAAGAAGGUCACUGGUUUACAGUUUGCCCCAUGGAAUCCAUCAGAAGUGCUUAUAACUUCAGCUGAUUCUCGUAUCAGAAUUUUUGACGGAUCAGAUAUGAUCUAUAAGUUUAGAGGUUUCCGAAAUACAAGCAGCCAAAUUGCAGCUUCAUUUAGUUCAGACGGAAAGUAUGUCAUAAGUGCAAGUGAAGACUCUCAUGUCUACAUAUGGAAGAGAGAAGAACCUAAGAGCCCCAGGGGAAAAGUUAGAACUUCAACCUCAGUUCAAGCUCACGAGCGCUUUCACUGUAAAGAUGUUUCAGUUGCCAUGCCGUGGCCAGGUAGUGUAAAGAAUGAGCCACCACUUGUAGAGAUGCAUUCAAAAAGGCAUUCGAAACGUUUCCUCCCACCCCAAUAUCCCACUGUUGGUUCUCCUACAAAAGAAAACUCGGAUGUGGCAAAUAGUAAAAGGCAUACACCACCUCUACCUAACAAAAGUAAUGCAUUGGAGAGAGUCCCAGGUAGUCAGGAAGAGGAAGAAUUAGCUCAACUCUCCCGGACAGAUUCUGGUAAUGGUCCUAGAGAAUCAUUUACAUCAGGUUCUUCAUCAAAUAGAUUUGGUGAUUCACCUUCUAUAUCUGCAUCCACCAGCUCCCGAUCACACUCUUGGUCCUCCUCUUGGUCUCAGGAUGGUAGUAAUAACCACGGAAGCAAUGUUAUCCAAGCAACAGCAUGGGGAAUGGUAAUUGUGACAGCUAGUUUGGGAGGUGAAAUCAGAAUCUAUCAAAAUUUUGGGCUACCACUGAAAGCUGGACGUCAGACGAAUCUCUUUAGAGACCUAACAUAAAUUGUUGUUAGGAAACAAAACGAUAUUAUUCUGUUCUUGGGCUUCACAUUUUUCUAUAAUACUUAGUUGUUUAAGACUUAAUCGAGCUCAAGUUACACUGAACAAGGCAGAAGCCAUCGGCUUCCCACUGUUGAUAA